GUGGAGGAGUCGGAGUUUGACCGGCCGCGCGUAUCUCGCUUCCAGGCGCCGCUGGAACGAAAGAGCAUGGAGGAGCGGGACGCCAGUCAGUCCGGUAGCGGUCUCUUUCUACGAACGAUUUAUCGAGCGCGCGACAAAUACCCAGGGGUAAGUUUCUACUUGCUUCUACAUCACUACUGAGUUCUUUGAUGCAUUCCGUUUUAUCGCACAGAAAAGAAUAUGAUAGAUAAUAAUGGAGGCACAAUCUAUCAUUGGAUAUAUUUUCCCUGUGCGUCUUCAAAGUUGAUGAAGAAGCACAGAGCAGCAUCGGAGCGGUUCUUGCAAUCUAUCAAUCCACAACAAAUAAAUCCACAGGUAUACCACUCCGCCAAGGCGUCUACAAAGAUAUUCACCACCCCGGAGACCCACGUGGACCCAUCCACUACCGAGGCGGAGGAGGAGGCCAAGCUGCGCGCGGAGUUUGAGGCUUCGUUGUCCCCGAGCGAAAAGAAGCGGCGCGGGGCCGAGGGCAGCGCGACCGCGCCGGGCGACGCGGAUGAGGACGAGGUAGAAAAGGUGAACGAGCUCCUCGGCGUGGAGGAGGGCGACUCCGGGCGGAGUGGCGACCAAAGCCAUCGGUCCUACGGCAGUCCCGACCACGUCACGACGAAAGCGGAGGCGCGCAAGCGGCUGGCGCAGAGCAAGCACUUCGAGGACAUCGACGACAACGAUUCCGACGAGGUGCCGCACCACGAGCUGGUCACGUUGGAAACCAUCGCGUGGCGCAUCCACGACGCGGACCGUGGCAUUUUCGUGAACGAGUACCCCACAGACCGCAAGUCGUGGAACGCCUUCAUCGAUUUUCUCACUUGGAACAAGCGGACCCGCAAGCUCGUGAUCGCGCUGCUGAUCGUGAACUUCAUCCGCGUGCCCAUCUUCUGUCUGCGCGACCCCACCACCAUCUGGCAGCGCCGCGUCACGCCGGGCGACGCAAACGCGGCGGCGGAGGAGCCCACGGACAUCUACUCGUUCUUCACCGGGACGUCCUCCAGCAUCGUGGUGGACACGGGGAACCCGGACGUGUGCCCGCCGGACUUGUAUCUAAGCAACGUGCCGACCCUGAACCCGGUGGUCACCAGCCUGAUCCAGAUCGCGGCCUUCCUCGUGUUCGCGCUCAAGCUGCACAAGGAGUACAUCUACAAGAAGAACUUCAAGAGCGAGGAGGACCGGAUAUUACAAUGAAAAAUGCCCCCACCCCCGAACUUGAAAGCAUUUGUAUUGCAAAUCUUUCCAAAUGAAACAUUCGCCCUCUUGCGUGUAUCAGCAUCACAGAUUUCCGAUCGUGAAUAGCAAAAAUUUGUAUUGCAAAAGAUCCCAGCAAGAGCGGUGCUUGUCAUGCAAGCGAUGCGAAACACGACUAGAAUCUGCAUCAGAAAGAUUCGCACUCCUUUCAUGCAUGACAAAAAGCUUUCAUUUGGAAACUUCGCAUCACAAAUUGUUGCAAUUUCAGGGGUGGGGGGCAUUUUUCACUGUGAUACCGGAAGAAGUGCAUGCAGUCCACGUUUCCCUACUGGGAGUGGGGCUGCGUCAUCGUCGGGGGCGUCUAUCAAAUGCAAAAAUGUCUGGGUCUGGAAGGUGGGAACUUGUGAUGCUAGCUUUGGACUCUAAAAAAAUCUGUAUUGCAUGACCAGCAAGAGGAGGCUAGUUUGUGCUACGCGAAGAGGGCAUUUGUCAUGCGGGGUAGACAUCAGGAAGCCAUCUAAAAAUCUGUGAUCCUAGGUCGUGCAUUAGAGACAACCUGGGUCAUAUAAAAUAUGCAUGACAAACCCGGCAACAUUCCAGACCCAGACACUUUUGCAUUUGAUAGCGUCAUGUCGCUGCUGAUGUUCGUGGCCUUCCAGCUCCAGGAGAUCGGGCGCUUCUUCGACGCGGGCAAGGACGCCUCCAGCGUGGGCUACUACUGCCACGAGGCCAAGGUGUUCAUGCUGAACCACUGCCCCUUCCAGCUGAUCACCUUCGCCUCCACCGGGAUGAUCCUCACCCGGCGGUUUAUGAAGACCGUGGUGACCGCGGUCCUGAACACGGUUCCGCGCUGGCGGAACAUUUUGGCGUUGUUCAUCGCGAACAUCCUGUUCUUCGGUUGGGCCACGCAGCAGGUGUUCACCACGCAGCUGCAGGAGCACCCGGAGCUCGCCUACACCGGCGAGGUGCCGCAGUCCGCGCCCUCGAUGCUCAGCAUGUUCGCGGAAUUGUCCUCCUCUAUUGGCGGGGGAGCUCCAUUGAUGUUCCCGACGACGGGCAAGGAUCUGCCGAGCGCGGCAAGAACAGCAGCGGCCGCCGCCGCUGCGGGACGAGCUACUAGUGAAGAGAGGACACGAGCAGGACCAAUAUCAGCUGCAACUGCGGGCUCCUCUGGCGGGGAAGAAGAAGAAGUGCGCAGAAUGGAAAAAUCUGCUGCGUUCGCACUAGACAAGUAUCCUGUCGCGAGCGACAUACUAUCGGAACAGUCGACGUCAAAUGCAACUACGGCUGCCCCGCCCUCGACGCCGAGCAGUAGUGGCAGUUCUUCCAGCUUUGUCGUGCCCCCCGGUACGCCCGAAAACCCGGACAUCAUGAAGUUUUCGACCUUUGCGUCGUCCGUGGAGUCCUACUUUUACAUGGGCACGACGGCAAACUUCCCGGACGAGAUGCUGCCAGCGAUGCAGGGGCUGCGGUGGCUGGCGCUGCUGUACCUGUUCUUCAUGUUCAUGGGCGCGGUGGUGUUCACCAACCUGGUGCUGGCGACGGUGUACAGCCAGUACGAGGAGUUCAUCAAGCAGGACUACCUGAAGCUGACCACGCACACGACCAAGGGCCUGGAGAAGGCGUUCGUCGAGCUGCAGGACCUGUGCGGGGACUACGAGGGGCUCAGCAUCGGGGACAUGCACAUGCUGGUCACCGUGCUCAACUCGCUGCCGGAGAUGACGCCCAUCGACAUCUCGGUGCUGCCCUUCAUGUUCGAGAUGCUGGACCAUUCGCGGGACCGCCGGCUCGGCAAGGAGGAGUUCUUCAACCUGUUCUCGGCGAUUCACCUGCGCAUCUGGGUGACCAAGCGGGACAGCCCCAUCCUGGAGCUGCUCGGCGAGAGCCUCGCGCUGCACUCCAACGACAACCACCGGCACUUGGUCGGCCGGAAGAGCGCGCGGAUCCUGAUGAAGCACGACGAGUACUACCAGCACGCCAUCGAGGAGGACACGCUGGAGAUCGUGCGCAACGCCGGCGUUCCGCACAAGGACCGGAAGCACGACGCCAACUUGAAGGCGAUCGUGAACGCCGCUUUCACCCGCGAACAGAUCGCCGCCGCGAAGGCCGCGGAGGGCGAGCAACAACAAGUGGCCCCGGCGGCGGGCGAGGACGCCGGGGGAGAAGGGAGACUCACAGUGGAUAACAUGUACGUGCAGAUGCCCGAGGGGGAGUCCGCCCCGAUCCCGCAGCCGCGGGAAAGCGUCUCGCCCACGACGGAAAUGGGCGUGCAAACCAGCGCGCGGUUGCUGGAGGACCUGGUGCAGACGAAAGCCGGGAAGAAUCAGAACGACAGCCCGCCCCCGAGCAAGUCCGACGUGUUGGACCUGCUGCGACGGUCCGUCGGGUGGGAGAAGCCGGACAAGAUGAGCCACCCGGGCGGGAUACAAACCAAGGGCCUGGUGAAAGACCCGAAGGAAAUUUCCCGCACGGCAAAGUGGCUCUUCUACGUGAUGUCGCCCGAGCGUGCGCAGAGAAUCUUCAAGUUCCUGAAGCGCCUGCAGCUCAACGUGGAGAGCGGCGCCGUGGACGACAUAAUAGGCACGGUGUUGCUCAUCAACUUGGUCUACAUGAUCGCGGACGGCCUCGUGUCCAGCGAGUGCAGCCCGGCGUUCCAGGCCAAGUGGAAGAGCAACGGCGAGACCGUCGAGCUCAUCUUCUCCAUCAUCUACAUGGGGGAGGUACUUAUCUUUUCACAUGGAGUUCUUCACUUCAGAUGUAAAGGAAAUCAGUGAUGCGAAAGCAAUCUCCAUUCUCGAAUGUUUGCACCUUUCUCUGCAUCAUGGAGUUACAAUUUUUAGUUUGCUCUUGCAUGAGUGUUUCUUUGUUGUCCACAGCCCUUUUGUAGUUUUGUUGGAUGCUUUUGCUUGUCCAUGCUCUCAAACACGCUUCAUAUUACUUACUCUCAGGUGUGCGCGAAGUUGUCCGUGAUGUCUUUUGCGGAAUAUUGGAAGAAAAACCCGUCGAACCAGUUUGACUUUUUCACCUCCGUCGCACUGUUCUCGGUCUCCAUGGUCCGCGUGUCCGGGAUCAAGGGCGCGUCCGGCAUCAUUCGCUCGGUGAACAUUAUCCGAAUCCUCCGGUUGGUUCGGAUUCUCGCCCGGACGCGGCAGUUCCGCGACCUGCUGGUGUCCGUCACGCGGAUGGUGCUCGUUUGCGAGGAGAUUAUCUGCCUCCUGUUUGUCUGCCUGCUCUUCUUCGCGUCCCUGGGGCAGAUGGGCUGGGGCGGCAUGCUAGGCAAGACCAAUCCGUCACCGGAGGACCUGGACCGAAACGGCAGCUACUACUCCAGCCACACCGCGCUCAACUUCAACGAUAUUGGCAUGGGCAUCUUCACGCUCAUAUCAAUCGUACGUUUUUUCUUUUCAAUUUUGUGAUGACGCGUUGUACGAGCUACUGCUAAUCGUCCCCUUUUACACAUACAAAUUUUUACGAACUCUAGAACUUGCUUAGAAGCGAAUCGAACUGCACUCGAAUGCUGCAAAUUAAUGUGUGUCUUUCGCAUCCCUUGCACUUGCUUCUAUGCUUCCAAAUACAAACACAGUUCUUCUCCAAUGCGUUCCCUGACUUGGUGCAAGAAAUGAGCUACCAGCACCCAUUAUGAAAACGAAAGCUCUGCUGGAUCUACACCUGCAUCUGGUUUCUACGUAUAUACACAUAAUUUCUGAGCUGAUGCUUGUGGUGCUGCAUUUUGCAUUCUUUCCGCAAAAAAUGUUGUUUCGUGUGACAGGCAGGCGGUUCGGCUUGAGUCGACGACUUUUUGUGCACGCCGAUGCGAUGCCCCGUUUCAUGCAUUGUUGCGGAAGUCUCGUUACAACUUACAUGAAAGAUGAGACGGCAUUUCUUCUGAAAUUGAAAAUGAAAAGAACGAUUUGCAUGAUUGUGUCCAACUCUUGUGACAACGCAAGCGCAUUGGUGGGACGAAAUCAGAUUCGGAGUGUAGACGGAGUCGGUUUUUCGGUUUGAUCGCCCUGGCCAUGGUACCUCCAGCAGGUCCUUCCGGAGCCGUUUGGAACAGGUUUGAUCUUCUGUGCGCUGGUGUGGUUCGUGCAAACCACGUUAAUGUUCAACCUCUACGUCGCCUUCUCCAUUGCGUGCAUCCAGGCCGAAAGCCGCAAAGACCAGGAGUUCUGGAAGAACUGGGAACCCAUGCGGAAAUUCCUCUUCUCCUACGAAAAGCGAAGAAGCUCAUCGAAGGAACUAGCGUGGUGGCCCAUUGAUGUUAUAAAAAAAUUCUUCGAUCAUGGCAAGGACAUUGAUUGUCAGCAAGAUCAUAGGUCUUGUAAAUGGCUGAGCUGAAUGAGAAUGCCGUGCGGAUUGGCAUAUACUAUGCAACAAUACAAGGUAGAGGUAGAGCAUCCAAUCCUGUUGGUGCAGGUGCUGCAGUAAAAACGAAGAUCACGAAAAGCAGCUUGGCAAUCUAUCGAAACAGUGGGCCACGCGUUCCCAUUGGGUUUUUUCUGUUUCAUAUCACGCACAGGGGCUUGAUACUACACCAGAAAGCGGAUACCAGUCUUGUGCAGGCGAAUAUCCACGCGCAGUUGCUUGGACAGUGAGGACGGAGUUGUUGAUAUAGUAUCAGGCAACAAAUUGAAUUUGAAAUAGAACCUAUCGUGAUGUUGAUGAUCCUGAUGUGCCGCCGCCCCCGCGGCAGCGUCGGCGUCAAAAAGCACUUCGCCUGAGGGAGUGACCGACGUCAUAAAGGAGACCGCUAAACGAGACCACUUCCGUGGUCGGAAUAUAUGGCUACACAGCACGCAACAGCAGCAGCACCUGUAAAAGGCGGUGGCACCGCGUUUUGUUUCGGUUUCUUCAGACUAAUUAUACAUAGGGAAGACUGAAGAAUCGAAAUCCGUUGCACAACAAGAAGUAAUGUUGCUGCUACGCGGGCCCCUCCACCUCGUUCAUUCAGAGUUUUUCAGAACCACCCAUUCGAUGUUGUACAACAGAAUCGCAUUGUCAUCUCGUACUGCUCUCUCGAGUUUUUCUCAGAGCAUGUUUGGAUUUGGUAACGCAGUUGACCACGAAGAUGUGGCCAACAUUCUCCCUCCGAUGUACUACAUUGUCGACAGCUCUUCUGUAUGAAGCAUACCAAC